CUCGCGAGCGCUCGCCACUCCCCCCUUCCCAAACCCCAUGGAGCUCCGCAUUCCUGUCCCCAGGACCGGGUCUUGUUUCUCUUCCCAUUCCUCUUUCCAUUCUUCUGCCAGCACCCCCACCCUCCACGCCGUCCUCCUUGCUACCUUCUCGAGGCCAUCUCCAAGGGAACGGGGGAAACGAAGAAGAGGACACAGACUAUAGUCUAGCGAAGGCUACCUCCGUCUGAUGGAGAAACCGAUCAGAAAGAAAAUACAUGAUCAAUUCUGUGAAGUUUGUCGAAGUUGGCUAGGGUCUCAUCAAGAUGGGAGGCCACCUCUUGCUUGCAACGAGUGUGGAUAUCCAGUGUGCAGGACCUGCUAUGAAUUUAUGUGGAAAGUGGGGAAUCAAUCAUGUCCUAAAUGCAGCAAUACCUACAAGAGGCACACCGAUAAUUCAAAUCUGAAUCUAACAAAGUGGAAGAGCUCUAUUGGUGGGACAGAGUUUCCUGCAAUAGUAAGUGAUGAACUACAAUGCACUGCUGAUAGCUGGGAACACAAUUCGAAACAUAUUGUGGACUCAAGCAACUUGGAAAGCCCUGCAUCCAGUAAAGAUUUAUACACUGCUGCAAAUUAUAGAUGGGAACAAGAAAAUGACGCCUCACACUAUCCAAACAAGACAAUUGUUCCAUUAGAUUUUCCUCCAAGGAGAAUUAUCUGGAAGGGUCUAAAGGCAUAUACUGGGCUACCCUCUCAUUUCAUAAAGAGGUGUACAUUCUCAUAUCCAUCUUUUGACAUUCGGGGUGGGAGAAUAGAUUAUUUCCUUCCUUCUCCUGUACCAUUCUAUUCAGCUAUCGAGAAAGAAUAUCCACGGGAAUCAGUCCUAAUGAGCUUUAAUACUGCUUUCUGGAGGGAAAGGCUUCAGCAGUGGAAGCUUUCUCAGCAGACGAUGUCAUGCACAACUAGAGGGCAUGAGACAUUGCUUAAAGUAAAUGAUUCUAGUCCUCUUUUGGAAGUGGAAAGGGAUCAGUUAGAAAGGGAUGAGGAACUUCGUCAGCCACUUUCUAGAAAGGUGUCCAUCCCCUCCUCAAAGAUUAAUCCAUAUAGGGUUGUUAUGAUCUUUCAGAUUGUAGCAUUAGCAUUCUUCUUCCGGUAUCGCCUUGUUAAUCCAGUCCAUAAUGCAUAUGGACUUUGGUUAACCUCAAUUAUUUGUGAAUCCUGGUUUGCUUUAUCUUGGAUUUUGAAUCAGCUCCCCAAAUGGCAACCUAUUACAAGGAUAACAUAUCCAGAACGCUUAUGUUUGAGAUAUAACCAACCAGGAAAACCAUGUCAGCUUGCCUGCAUUGAUGUGUUUGUUACUACUGUGGAUCCACUGAAAGAACCACCCCUUGUCACUUCAAACACUGUGCUCUCAAUCCUGGCUGUGGAUUAUCCAGCCGAGAGUGUUACGUGUUAUGUCUCUGAUGAUGGGGCCUCACUGUUGACUUUUGAAGCCCUAACACUAACCUGUCAGUUUGCUAGGAAAUGGGUGCCAUUCUGUAAAAAAUUCAAUAUUGAACCAAGGGCUCCUGAAUUUUAUUUCUCACAGAAGGUGGAUUAUCUAAAGUACAACAUAUGUCCAACAUUUGCUAAGGAAAGAAGGACAAUGAAGAGACAAUAUGAGGAAUUCAAAAUCGAAAUUAAUUUCUUAGUUGCCAAGUUUCAAAAUGUCCCUUGUGAUGGUUGGAUCAUGAGAGACGGUAGUCCGUGGCCUGGAAAUAACACUCAAAAUCAUCCAGGAAUGAUACAGAUACUGUUAGGCCAUGGUGGUCCUCUUGACAAUGAGGGUAAAGAACUUCCACAGCUUGUUUAUGUUUCCCGUGAAAAGCAUCCAGGUUACUAUCACAACAGGAUGGCAGGAGCUUUGAAUUCUCUGGUUCGAGUUUCUGCCAUUCUUACAAAUGGGAUGUAUAUUCUAAACCUUAACUGCAAUCACUAUGUCAACAACAGCAAAGCUUUCCUAGAAGCCAUGUGCUUUAUGAUGGAUCCCAAUAUUGCAAAGAAGGCAUGCUAUGUUCAGUUUCCACAAAGAUUUGAUGGCAUUGAUACUAGCGAUCAGUAUGCUAGCCACAAUACAAUCUUCUAUGAUAUAAACUUAAAGGGUCUUGAUGGAAUACAAGGGCCCUUUUAUGUGGGCACUGGAUGUUUCUUUAACAGGAAAGCUUUGUAUGGUUAUGACCCACCUUUAGAACCCAAAUGUUGCAGAUUUAGCUGGGGUAGACCAGGAAAGAAAGACUUUGCUGAUGGCUGUGUUUAUGCCCCUACCAUACAUCUGGAAUCAAACGACUUAGGUAUAUAUAACAUGGAACCAAGCAGUCGUGAAAUGGAAAAUCCUUCUCCUUUGCUGAGCUUGAAGAAGUAUUUUGGUCAGUCACCAACUCUUAUUGCUUCGAUAAUUGUCAAGGAUGAUAGAUUCUCAACAUCUGCAACACGUGAAGAUCUCCUAAAAGAAGCAAUUCAUGUAAUAAGCUGUGAUUAUGAAGAGAAUACAGCUUGGGGAAGAGAGAUUGGUUGGAUGUAUGGCUCUUUAGCUUCAGAUAUCCUAACGGGCCUUAAGAUGCAUGCCCGAGGAUGGAGGUCAAUAUAUUGCAUGCCAUUCCUUCCUGCUUUUAAGGCAAUCAUGCCAAUCAGCCUCUCUGACCGUUUAAAUCAGUUACUUCAGUGGGCCAUUGGCUCAGUUGAGAUCCUUCUAAGCCGGCAUUGCCCGGUAUGGUAUGCAUACGGUGGCAAGCUUAGGUUAUUUGAAAGAAUAGCUUACAUCAACGCUACCAUUUACCCCAUCACAUCCAUUCCUCUUGUUAUAUACUGCACUCUACCAGCUGUCUGCCUUAUCACCGGAAAAUUUAUUGUUCCACAGAUUGGUGAUAUUGGAAGCAUCUCUCUCACACUUCUCUUCUUCUCAAUUAUUGCCACUGGUUUUCUUGAAAUGAGGUGGAGCAGUGUUGGGACCCAGGAGUGGUGGAGAAGCCAGCAGCUCUGGGUGAUUGGAGGGCUUUCCUCACACUUGUUUGCAAUUAUUUAUGGACCAAUGAAGAUUUUAAUGGGGAAGAAAACUAAUUUGACUGUGUUGACAGAAAAAUCUGUUGAAAAUGAUCUCAGGGAGCUGUGCACUUUCAGAUGGACUUCUCUAUUGAUAUCCCCAACGACAAUAAUUCUCAUUAAUUUAUGUGCUAUGGUCUCUGGGAUCUCUUCUGCUAUUAAUAGUGGAUAUGGGUCUUGGGGCCUACUGUUUGCCAAGCUGUUCCUCUCAUCCUUGGUGAUCAUCCAUUUGUACCCAUUCUUGAAGGGCUUGGUUGUCCGCCAGCACCGAAUGCCAACAGUUGUCAUAGUUUGGUCACUUCUGCUUGCUGCAAUAUUCUCUUUGCUGUGGGUUCGCAUGAAUCCAUUUGUUACAAGGUUUACCGGACCAAAUUUUCAGGAAUGUGGUAUUUAUUGCUGAGUUUGAUCUCUCAGGACUGCCCACCAUGUUUGAACAGUGACAACCAUUUCAGUGUGUUCUUUAAAUUCAUCAGAACCGUUUGUUUUGGUAUUCACUAUUGUUGAGUUGAAUGAAAAUUCAUUUCGUGGAAGUCGUUUCUUCUU